CUGCAAGCACACCCUGAAGCUAAUACCACCCCCACCAUCAUGAUCAACAAUAAUUUAUCUGGCAAAGAUACCAUCCAAUUAAAUGUGAAUAUGAUAGAAAAUAUUAAGCAGCUGAUAGCAAACAUCCGUCCUUUCCCAAUAAUAGACCUAACAACAAAAGAUGAUUUA